AUGCUCCUUCUUCCUGAAACAUCUUGGCCCUGGGGCUACCUGAGGCAGGACCAGUCUCUGGGAUUCCAUCUCCAUUCUCACUCCCUGGCUGUCCGCCUCACAGGGCCAGCCGGUGAAGGACGCCAGAGGCCAGACAAAGACAUCAAGGUCUCUUUGGACACGGAAGGCACGCCUGGAGGCAAAGCCAACCCUGGCCAUCAGGACUUGAAGCAAAGUGUGUUCCACAGCAUCAAGUUCUUCGUCCUGUGCCACAGCCUGCUGCAGCUGGCGCAGCUCAUGAUCUCCGGCUACCUCAAGAGCUCCAUCUCCACGGUGGAGAAGCGCUUCGGUCUCUCCAGCCAGACCUCGGGGCUGCUGGCCGCUUUCAACGAGGUGGGGAACACAGCCCUGAUUGUGUUUGUGAGCUAUUUCGGCAGCCGUGUGCACCGGCCUCGUCUGAUUGGCUGUGGGGCCAUCCUUGUGGCAGUGGCCGGCAUGCUGAUGAGCCUCCCACACUUCAUCUCGGAGCCAUACCGCUACGACCACACCAAUCAUGAGACUCUACCACAGAACUCCGAGGUUUCCCUGUGCCUGCCCACGAUCUCAGGCCCAACAGCAGCCCCCUCCAAUAGCAGCUGCUCUGGCUACACGGAGGCACGGCACCUGGCGGUGGUGGGGAUAAUGUUCAUGGCGCAGACUCUGCUUGGAGUGGGUGCUGUGCCUAUUCAACCAUUCGGCAUCUCCUACAUUGAUGACUUUUCCCACAAUAGCAACUCACCCCUCUACCUUGGCAUCCUGUUUGCAGUGACCAUGCUGGGGCCAGGUUUGGCCUAUGGGCUGGGUGGCCUCAUGCUGCGCCUUUAUGUGGAUAUUGACCGGAUGCCAGAAGGUGGCAUCAGCCUGACUUCUAAGGACCCUCGAUGGGUGGGUGCCUGGUGGCUGGGAUUCCUCGUCGCUGCUGGUGCUGUGGCCCUAGCUGCCAUCCCCUACUUCUUCUUCCCCAGGGAGCUGCCCAAGGAGAGGCACGAGCUUCACUUCCGGACAAGGAUCUUGUCAAUAAUAACCUCACGAGCCAGCAAAGGUGAGAACUCCUCCUCUGAGCAGAGCCAUGGAGAAUGCACAGAGAAUCAGAAUGGCCUACCUCAGUUUGCACCAGACCUGACUGUGAUACAGUUCAUCAAAAUCUUCCCCAGGGUGCUGCUGCAGACCCUGCGCCACCCCAUCUUCCUGCUGGUGGUCCUGUCGCAAGUGUGUAUGUGUUCCACAGUGGCAGGCAUGGCCACCUUCCUGCCGAAGUUUCUGGAGCACCAGUUUUCCGUCACCGCCUCCUACGCCAACCUGCUAAUCGGCUGCCUGGCCAUCCCGUCGGCCAUCGUGGGCAUCGUGGUGGGCGGUGUCCUCGUCAAGCGCCUCCACAUGGGCCCCAUGCACUGUGUGCUCCUCUGCCUGCUGGUGUCGCUGCUCUGCCUCCUGUUCAGGUUGCCCCUCUUCUUCAUCGGCUGCCCCACCCAUCAGAUCGCUGGCAUCACCCCCCAGCCUGGCACCCAGUCUGGGCCCAGGUUGUUUCCAGGCUGCUCUGAGUUCUGCUCCUGCUCAGCGGAUGAUUUUAACCCUGUCUGUGAUGCCAGCAUCCAUGUGGAAUACAUCACACCCUGCCACGCAGGCUGUAUGAGCCAGGUGGUCCAGGAGGCUGUGGACGCAAGCACGGUGUUUUACACCAACUGCAGCUGUGUGGUGGGGGGUGGGCCUGUGCUGGCCGGCUCCUGUGAGUCGACCUGCAGCUCGCUGGUGCUGCCCUUCGUCCUCCUGAUCAGUCUGGGUGCCGCACUGGCCAGUGUCACCCACACACCUUCCUUCAUGCUCAUCCUCAGGGGAGUGAAGAAAGAAGACAAGACUUUGGCUGUGGGUAUCCAGUUCAUGCUUCUGAGAGUUUUUGCUUGGAUGCCGAGCCCUGUGAUCCAUGGCAGCACCAUUGACACGACCUGUGUGUACUGGGCCCAGAACUGUGGACGCCAAGCUGUCUGCCGCUACUAUGACCAUGACCUGCUCCGAACCAGAUUCAUCGGCCUCCAGUUCUUCUACAAGACAGGCUCCCUGGCAUGCUUCGCCUUGAUUUGGGUCAUCCUGAGACAUCGGGGCAAAGAAAGGGGGACCAAGACAACCCUGCACAGCCCUGGCCUGGAGCAGCUGCAACUGGAGUCAGAGAAGAAGGCUGAGGAGUUCAAGGCUUGA